UGAGCAUCCAUCCAACAAGCCACUACCACCACCACCUCCCGACCGCCGUAGACAGCAUUCGACGGCGCCGACAUCGUCGUCCCUUUGCUGCCCGUCUUCGUCACCGCAUGCAAAGCGGACUCAUCCCGCCGACCGUCUUCCACGUCCUCACCUACUCUGGCACACUCGUCCAGGCUCUGACAGCGGACGAGGAGCUGCCGCCUGAGCUAGCGGGCCCGGUGGCCGUCCAAGGCCUGUCGCAGCACCGCUCUGCAUUGGAGAGAGAGCCAUGACUUGGUGUCAAGGCCUAUUCGCGUGGUGCGGAUGUGGUGGUCGGUCCAAGGACAGUCUAUAUGAGCCUGUGCUCGCAGAUUCCGAACGAGAUGCCGUCUCGGAGCUGCUAGGCUAUCUUGAAAAUCGAGCAGAGACCGACUUCUUCAGCGGCGCGCCACUCGAAGCUCUAACCACCCUUGUAUACUCCGACAACACAGACCUACAGCGAAGUGCGAGCUUGACGUUCGCCGAGAUCACGGAGCGCGAUGUUCGAGAGGUCGGCAGAGACACGCUGGAUCCUAUCCUUUUCCUACUUCAGAAUAACGACACCGAGGUACAACGAGCUGCAAGUGCUGCGCUUGGCAACCUCGCCGUCAACACGGAGAACAAGGUGAAGAUUGUCGAGCUGGGAGGCUUGAUACCGCUCAUCAAGCAGAUGAACUCGCCCAACGUUGAGGUGCAAUGCAACGCGGUCGGCUGCAUAACAAAUCUAGCGACGCACGAAGACAACAAGGCGAAGAUUGCCAAGUCGGGUGCUCUAGGGCCACUAACAAGACUGGCCAGAAGCAAAGACAUGCGCGUGCAGAGAAACGCUACAGGUGCACUUCUCAAUAUGACGCAUUCAGACGAGAAUCGGCAACAUCUGGUCGCUGCAGGCGCCAUUCCCGUGCUUGUGUCCCUGCUGUCUUCGCCGGACGUCGACGUCCAAUAUUACUGCACGACCGCAUUAAGCAACAUAGCUGUCGACGCUGUCAACAGGAAGCGGCUCGCUCAAACCGAACCCCGCUUGGUGCACUCCCUAGUCUCACUAAUGGACUCGCCCAGCCCGAAGGUGCAGUGUCAGUCUGCACUCGCCCUCCGAAACCUUGCGUCGGACGAGCGCUAUCAGCUAGAGAUUGUCCGUUCGAAAGGUCUUGGUCCGCUUCUGAGGCUCCUGAAGAGCAGCUAUCUCCCUCUUGUCCUCAGCGCGGUUGCCUGCGUUCGGAACAUUUCGAUACAUCCAAGCAACGAGUCCCCGAUUAUCGAGGCUGGAUUCCUGACUCCACUCGUUGAGCUUCUCGGCUCGACAGAGAAUGAGGAGAUUCAGUGUCACGCGAUUUCUACUCUACGUAAUCUGGCCGCCAGUUCGGACCGGAACAAAGAGUUGGUGCUGCAAGCAGGUGCCGUGAAGAAGUGCAUGGAGCUCAUCCUGACCGUACCGCUGGCUGUGCAGGGGGAAAUGACAGCUGCGAUCGCAGUAUUGGCGCUGAGCGACGAUCUCAAAGGUCACUUACUGGAUCUUGGUGUCCUGGGCGUCCUGGUGCAGCUUACCCAAUCCGAGGGUGUAGAAGUAAGGGGCAACAGUGCAGCUGCCGUCGGCAACCUGAGUUCAAAGGUUGGCGAUUACACGCCUUUCCUCAAGCACUGGACCACGCCACAGGGCGGUAUUCAAGGCUACCUAACCCGCUUCCUCGCCUCUGGUGACGCCACCUUUCAGCACAUCGCCAUCUGGACGCUACUCCAACUUAUCGAGUCCGAAGAUUCGCGCCUUAUAAAGAAGAUCAAGGAGUCGCCUGAGAUCAUUCGCAUGGUACAGCGCAUCGAAGAGCGUAGCGUCGAGAUGAGCAGCGAGGAUGAAAACGCCUACUCCGACGAGGAGGGCAACGGAGAGCAGGAGGUGGUGACUCUUGCACGCCGCAGCUUGGAACUGUUGGGCCUAGAGAGUGAUCACAUUUCUUCUGUGAGUGGAACAAGCUACGGGGGAAAGACACUCAUUGAUGGAUAAACCAUCUCUGAGGCGACUUGAUUAUGGUGGCCGCAGCGCUGCUAUUAAAUAGCCUGACGAAGCGGCAUAUGCAGGACUGGAGUCUUUUACCUCAAAAAGUGAGAGCACGGGAUGCAGUCUCGUCGGGAGGACAGUAGGCCCAAGUCUUUCGGAAGCGUGAUGGUGCAAGCGAGCUAUCCGGUAUCUCCUCUACCAUCAAGACGAGUGUGCUUUUACGUGCAUUGGUGUUCAGGGCGUUGGUCUUCUCCCAGUUUGCUUUUAGAAUACUCACUCGAAGUUGUGGGCAUCAUCUUCUUCCCGGCGGCGGUCGUUUCUCACGAGAAAGCAUUGGAUAAGACGACUUCGUGCAGGAAGAGGUUGCCAUGCAUCAUCUCGCAUAUCAUUCUCAUCGUUCACAUUUUACAACGGUUAUUCUGUCCCAAUCAUCAUCGAGAGUGGUAAUGGGGACUCUGGGAGCUUUCUUUUUAUUUACUGAUCUGACAUUUCAUUGUAUACCAAGGUUAUCUUGUCUUUAUUGUUGCAGGCGCUUCUUUUAAGCCGUAGUACAAGCACACAAUCGCACAAUGAGCUGCGCGCGUAAACAUUUGAGGAGUCACAGCGCAGCGAGGGGGACCGGAUUAGCAGGAUAGGAAUAGAGAAUUUGAUAAGUCUUUCGAUUGCAGAAGUGUCGUAAUAGCAGAGGGAGUUUCUUG